AUGCCCCGUCGUUCCCUGUACAAAACUUUCAAGCUGGCCUACCGCUCAGAUAUGGAGACUAAUAGCCUCCCAUUAACAUCUACCAUACCUGCGCCUCACUACCCUCACUGGACCACCUCAGAGGGUGUUGGCUCUGAAUACAUGCUUAGCCUGAGUUGUCCUGACCAUCCGAAAAACCCUCCGUCGUUCAAUUUCACCGGCAUUCCUUUAAGAAGCUAUCAAAGUCCCCAUUUAGGGCCAUCCCUGACAGGCCAGCACCGUAGCAAGACAGUAUCAACCUCUCUAGCUCUAGAGCCCUCACAUGCUCCUUUGGUCCAGCGUCACUUCGGUAGCCACGAAAAUCCCAGUUUCUCCUCUCCUAACGGUCCGCACUAUCAUAAUGAGCUUCCCCUUGGGGAACCAGCCAACUCCUACCUCACAAAUCAACUGGUGGAUAAUAGAGAAAAUGCCAAAACUGGUUUGAAACCUCCAACCAAGAUGCUCUAG